CCUUGUUAAAAUUAUGUUAUUGUUUACAUUUGUUUACAACUCUCAAAAGAACUUCACGCAUAUUACUAUAUAUAGGAAAGAUAUAUUAUAUUUUUCGUUUUUUACUUUAAAUGACUAUUUCCUCAAAUGGCAACAGAACAUUCAGAAGCAGCAAUGCACGCCGGUGUGGCUUCAUCAAGUACUAGCAGAACUAUCACCGAAACAUUAACAUCAAAUGAAAUACCUGGCACCAGCAAUCAGGAGCCACCUGUAUUACGACUACGUCUACAGAAGCCUCACUCGUCGAAGAAAGUGCAAUGGUCUAAUGGCACUGUGGACAAUGAACACAUGAACCGGAAGAAGUCCAAAUGCUGCUGUAUUUACGUAAAACCACGUGAGUUUGGUGAAAGCUCGUCGGAAAGUGAGGACGAGUGUGAACACUGUUUCGGCCACGUGGAAUUGAAGAAGAAAAUCAAACCAAAGGCCACUGAUUCAGUGGAUUCUGGGGGAGGGCAGGAUACGACGGUUUCAGUAGUAGAAGCCGAAACUAAUUUUGAGAACGAUUCUUCUCCCAACGGCAACGGAAAUGAUUUAAUCGAUCCUGAGGGCAGGCAACCCAGCCCGACGUAAAUAAUGUUCGUUAGAAAUAUAUUUAGUAUGUUAAAUGAAUCAUGUACCUUGUUUUAAACACUAGCGCUAUUUCAAAUUAACUGGAAAUAAAUAAUUAAAUUCGGAAUAUGUA